CUUCCUGAUGGCUGCUGCAGAACUGGGCAAACGUGCGGGGGUCUGCAGGAGGGUCGAGUGAAUCGUCACAAUAGCGACAGAGUCACAAUGCCUGGCUUUGGGAGGUCCUGGCGGAUCAAUUCCUCCUUACUCGUGUGGUACAGCCUCUGCAUGUUCGUCCUGCUUUGUGUGAUCUACAUAAAAAGGGACAUCCCACCAUCCGUUAUAUCCUUCCAGACCAAGUACGUCAUUGGGAACUUGAACUUUUGGGACACAGCCCCUAAGAGGUCUGUUCACUUUGUGAGACCCCGCAACCAGACGUUUACAUGCGUGCCACUGAAUGACUCCCAGAUACCCAAUGACCUUCCCGAGGUGCACCGCGUCUUCCUGAAGUACAAGAACUGCAGGACUUUCCCCACUCUGCUGGAGCCCAAGAGGUGCUCAGAUGACCUCCACCUGCUGCUGGCCAUUAAAUCCACGGCUGUGAACGUCAACAGGAGGGUGGCAAUAAGAAACACUUGGGGCAAAGAACAAGUCCUGGGGGGAAAGCGGGUCAAACUGGUGUUUCUCCUGGGCCAGUCCCCAGAUCGAGUGAAAGCUCAACCCUUGCAGCAACUCCUGGCAUACGAGAGCCAGCAAUUCCAGGACAUCCUUCAGUGGGACUUUGCAGAUAGCUUCUUCAACUUGACCUUGAAGGAGAUCCAUUUUCUCAACUGGUUCAGCGCCGAGUGCCCCCAAGCCGAGUUUGUGCUCAAGGGGGAUGACGACGUCUUUGUCAAUACCGGCAACAUAGUGGACUUCCUUCGGGAUUUCCAGCCAGACGAAGAUCUUUUUGUGGGAGAUGUCAUCUUCAAGGCUGCUCCCAUCCGGAGAACCGAUCUUAAGUACUUCAUCCCAAAAAAAAUGUAUGAGCCCAAACUCUACCCCCCUUAUGCCGGUGGCGGGGGUUACCUAAUGUCACGCAAAACUGUGAUAGGCCUGGACAACAUGGCGCCCAGCAUUGAACUCUUCCCAAUUGACGACGUCUAUGUUGGAAUGUGCCUGGAAAAGAUGAAUGUGACCCUGAAAUUGCACCCUGGCUUCAAAACCUUUGGUAUCCAGCAGCCGUUUAACCCCUUUGACCCCUGUAUGUACAAGGAGCUCAUGAUUGUCCAUAAACUCGAUCCCACAGAAACGUGGAUUAUGUGGACAUUGGUGAAUGACGAAGGAAUGAAGUGUGCCAGGCAGGCCGUGUGAACUGUCAGCUGAGCUUCUCCGAAGAGCUCACUUGGGACUCUGCCGACCGGGGAUGCACAUUGAAGUUUCGAUGACUUGAAAAGACUCACACUUGGUACAUUUUUGUUGGGUUCAUGGGUUGGUUGGAGGUGCAACUUGAAGGGUUUUCCUUGUAUCGUCUUCUACAGGUGGCAGGUGGAUGAGUGGGUGAGAGGGGAGCGAAACGUCAAGGUGUGCGCCCGACCAUGCCCUACCUGUCAAGCCAAUCCAGGACUUCCAAAGGUUUAGCUAGACUUUGAUUAAUAAUUUCAUACUGUUUUGCACGUAUCCGCCAUCCAGUGCCCAAACGUGAGACCUGUUUGAAUGACUGAUAAUAAUUCAGGGCAGAUUGGUGGACAUCUAGCCGGUGGAUGACAGCUGGAACUGAAGUGGCUCAGGGAAAUUUAAUAGGAAGGAGAGACGGAUCCUUGGUGAUCCUGCCUGAUCAACCAGCACCGCCUUCAUGGGGGGUGUGGGGGUACAUUCUGCUCAGUUGAAGGGUCUUCUAUCAGGUGCCAUCGGUGGAUACAGGAACAAUGAAGUUGCGAUUAGUAAGAAGGUCACAUGUAGAAGUUCAACGACAGAGUUCUAUUUUUAUGGAUUUCAAGGCAUCAAUGAAGGUUUAUUUAUUUAUUUUUAACACGAAACCGAAUUUCAGUAUUUGUGUGUGUUUGUCUGUCAUUAUCUACGGUUGCUGUGCGGGGAAAAAGAUGACGGGCUGCGUUUUCAGUGAAGUGUUCCCAGACAUGGAGAAGCAGACCCCGACUAACUCAGGCCCGCAGCUUGUUUUUGCUUCCAUUGCCGGUACCACUGCCUCGGGUUCACGUAACAUUUCAGCUUCAGUGAUGGGGGCCUUUUGGUCACUCACCCACCAUGCCCACUUUGGGGUGUUUCCCUAUAUUUUUAACUUUUUUUUUUUAUUUCUUGUCCCCUCUUGUUUCCUGGCACUCUGCAAUUCACGUGCUGUCCAGGCAUCUACAAUUUAAAAACUCUGCGACCACCGGCUAUUCUUCUGUGUGUCUGCCCAUCCGUUUUUGUGUCUCUUGCCCUGUUAAUGUUUGAAUAAAAGAAGCUGUUAAAAGGAG